AUUACCUGUGCCUGCGUGGAGGACAACAGUUUCACGGUAGCGCGUAAUCCUGCGAUUAUAAUCCCUGCUGCAAUGUUCCCUCAAUAGAGGCAGAACUUUUUUUUUUAAGAUUCUUGAUUUCCGGGCAGACCGGAAGUCAUAAACGUGUCUCCAGAAGUCCGUCCGUGCUGGAGCAACGAGCACAGUCAAGAUGGAGACCGUUAAUGCUGGGCAGACGAUGAGCUUAGCGGCUCUGCAGAGACAAGACCCGUACAUAAACAAGCUCCUCGAUGUGACCGGGCAGGUGGCUCUCUACAACUUCAACUCCAAAGUGAACGAAUGGGAGAAGACUGAGAUCGAGGGUACCCUGUUUGUUUAUGCCAGGUCCGCCUCGCCUCACCAUGGCUUCACCAUCAUGAACCGACUGAGCACGGAGAACCUGGUGGAGCCCAUCAACAAAGACCUGGAGUUCCAGCUGCAGGAUCCCUUCCUUCUCUACAGGAAUGGCAACUUGGGUAUUUACAGUAUCUGGUUCUAUGACAAGAGGGACUGUCAACGCAUCGCUCAGCUGAUGGUCAAGAUUGUGAAACAAGAGGCAGACCAAUCGCAGAGAGAGUCACCAGAGAGGGCGGCGUCAGGGAGGACCAAUGGUGUCGCAGAACCACGGCCCUUCGACAUCCUGGAACUGCUCAGCAAAGCCAAGGAUGAAUACCAGAGAGCUCAGGCAGGUGAAAGCGAUGUGUCUGCAGAGGCUGAUGGAAACGCAGUUGUCAAUGCCACAGUGCAGCCGCACAGCGCUCCACAACCUGAAAAGAGCUCUCGUACAAUGGUGAAGCAAAUCACAGUAGAGGAGCUCUUUGGCUCGUCCUUGCCUAAGGACCCCGCCCCACCCACCCUGCUGGCACCAAAUGCCCCCACUGCUUCCAGUGACAGUGACCCCUCCGCUGCUUACCUCCAGAAGCCGUCUUAUCCCAGUCUGCCCCACCAAAACCCCGUCUUUCCUCCCCAUCUCUCGGCACAAGACCCCGGGGCGAGUCAGCGCCACCAAGUCCCCGGCCUGCUCCCGGCUCCGUACGUAAUGCAGCCCGGCCCUGUUUUCCACUCCGUGGCUCCUCGGUCCGACCCCCAGCCUCGGUGUUCGGUCUCCCCUCUCAUGGUUCUUCAAGCUGGCUCGGAUGCUCGUGCCGGCCCCCCCGUCGUUUCAGCACCUCCCACGCGGUAUUUAGGACAGGAGAUGCUCAACACUCUCAAAGCGGCGGUGCCAUCUGUGAAUUCGGACAUCCACAAGCCCAUGUUGGCACCCAACUUCCUGCCCAGCGCGCUGUUCCCCCCCCACAGCUUCAGAGAACCUGCGGGGAAUCCCCUCCUCCAGCACAGCAGUGAGAUGGAUGUUUAUUCUCCGUCUCCAAACCUGAUGAAAGCAAUGUCUGCUGUCCCCAUGAGUCCGGGUCUUGCUUUUCCAAUGCCGCCGAUUUCUGUGCUUCUCUCCCCCAGCGCCUUCCAGCAGUCCGUCAGUAAGACACCAGCAGCAGCAUCAGUGGUCCCAGCUGGCCCAGCCGAGCCCUCCUGCGCCUCCGUAGGAGCUUCUGAGGCUCCACAGGCAGCCUGCAGCAAAGCACAGCUACAGGAUGCUCUCAUCCACCUCAUUAAGAACGACCAGGACUUCCUUGGCGCCAUCCACGAUGCUUAUCUGCAGAGUUUGUCCAAGGACCUCGGCAACAUGAAGCUAUAGUCCACGUCCACCUCCAGUGCUGUCCCUUCCAGUGCGGCCACCCCUCAGCGUCCUUUGGAGAAUGCAGAGGUCAACGGGACUUAAGGAAGUAGCCGAUAGUGUUUUCUUUCCCCACAAACACAACCCUUCACAGCCAGUCCGUGUUCUAAAGCCUCUUACAGCAUGCGGCGCGUCCUUCUACUUCCCCGUUCCUGCCUCCGAACAGGGUUCUUUGCUGUUUAAUUCUCAGCUGAACCCUGAUGCUUUCUCACCUUCCUGCAUCCCCUCGGAUCUUUUGUCUGCCUUGUCCAACCAGAACUACUGUGGGAGAGAAACGGACAAGAGACCAUUUCCCAGUGUGGCCUUGAGCUUUAUGGACACAGUGGAGCCGUCGGCCACGUUGAGCUGUGGCCGGAUAGUCAAAUCGUUUCGCUUUUGACCUUUUUGGAAAAGCGACUUUGCAAUUUUAACAUUGUGGGAAUCAAAGACGCUGCUUCACUUUCUCCCCCGGUCUGACUUCUCGCAGUGCGGGAGCACUGAGGACACAUGAAGACUACUGAAUUAGAGGAAAGACCUCUGCUGGGGACCUCCGAACUGUCGUGAGGGUUCCUAACAAACUAUCUCCGUGUGGAAUACUCUUUUUCCACUGAUGCAACCUUCCCCUCCUACGUAACGAUGAGGCCCGUGCGAACAGCCGUCACACAUUGGGGUCUUUUGGGUUUUGUCUCUUGAUGAUGAGAACGUUUUAUGUUGUUUUUCUUUUCCAACCCUGGUCUCAGGAAGACGAAGCAGUUUCAGUAUUGUUUGGAGAAGCACUCCCUGCUACUCUUUUAAAACUAGGUUACAGGCGGACAUAAAAAAACAGUUCCUAGCUGUGUCCACGUGUCUCCCCGUCCGUCCUCCUGCUCGCCUGUCUCCUUCUCUGCUCCACCAGCUGAGGUCAGUUCUCGAUGUUCUUUGAGGCGAUAGUGCAGCAGACGACAAGCACCAGCAUAUUGGGAUAUUCUAGGACGCUACAGUUUGGUUACGUUCAUGUGAAUCUCUGGAUUAUGGUUCUGCAACAGUGUAGAAUUUAAAUAUCGUGAGAAAAAGUCAUUGCUGUCGAUUUUGCCUGAUCAUUAACACGCCCACCUUAAAUCUGCAAUUGCUUAAAUAAUGGGGAGAUGGUGACUGGUAGCUUCACUGUACAAAAGCAAACAUGCCGGUAAUUCAAACUGAUGAUGUAAAAAUAGAAACUACCUCUGUUCCUUUUUCCAGAACCGACAAAUCUAAAGUCACAACGGCCGCCUUGUUGUUUGCAGGUCUGUCGAUUUUCUUUCCCUCUUUUUCUUUUCUCCUUCGUGCAGUAAAAGGUUACUGCAGCAUGGAAUUGUAAACCCUACAAGCCGGAGGGCGUCCCCUCCUCUUGUGCAACACUUAGUGGCUAUUUGAUGCUUUCCGUAAACAAAUGAAGCUAAUCCAAUGUUAAUCAGAAUUCAAAGAUUUAGGGGGAAAACUGUUUACUUUGCAUCUUGUGGGUCUUUGUAAACAAAGAUAACAGAUUUCCGUCUCUCAGGAUGUCCAGCACAUACUAGAUCAAUAAAAGAGUAUAAUGAUCACGUUGAAGCACUAUAAUUUUAAAAUACCAUGUCCUUCCAGAUGGCAACCUUAGCAGAAUACCUUUUUUUAAACGAAGAUGAAUUGCAGAGAAAACAGCUUUUGAAUGUUUUCUUGCAGACUUGCAGAAUGUCACGUAAUCAACAUUUGGAAAUGACUCAAGGAGUAAUAUGAAUCUCUUUAUAAGUACCUGUUUCCAUGGUGAUACUAAAACUUUACAUUAUGUUGCUAAUUGAAUGUAUUUGCUUACUCGCAUUAUAUGUGUGUGCCAGUCUUGUUUUCUCCAGUUGAACCGGCUUUCAGUAGCGACUGUUGAUCAUGUUUUUCUCCCCUCUUUUGUUUUUACAAAAUUAAGAUUUCAAUUGCAAAAAGGACAAUUCGGAUCAUUUGUACCUUAUUGUAUCUUUCCCCUGUUUAUAAUUUGUCAAUAAGUAAUCUUUCCAACAAAUCUUUUUGCCACGUUUGUGUUGGUUAAAUAAACGCACAAAGGAAGAAUGCUUGAAAAGUAGAGGGCUUUUUUCUUUUUUUAAUCAAGGCAUAUAUUUAAGAUUUUAAUGUUAUUUUUGGCUUCGAGAUCAUUAAUCUUAUCAGAGAAAGAUAUAAUUUCGAGAGAGAAAAGAGAAUUUUCUAAGAUUGUUGCCAUUGUACAUCAUUUGGUUUAUUUUGUGAUAUUAAAGAAUUGAAAUAGA